AUGUAUGUCGCUGAUCAACAACCGGAGCAGCAAAUUGAGUACCAUGACUACAAUUGGCACCAAAAUAGUGUUGAUCACCAGAAAGAUGCAAAUCUAGUUAGUGCACCCAUCUUUAAUGCUUAUGCCGAUUACAACUCUCAAGCAACCGAUUACAGAGUUGUAUGCCAUUUUAUCCAAUCAGAUGAUAAGUGUGACGUAGAUUGGCAACUUGGCAGCGCGGAUGAACGAGAUCAAAUUCCGAUAAUGCAAGAACUUUCAAUUUCAGCAGCCGACGGUGACCUUGCAACACCUGUCGUUGCAGUCACUGCAGAGUCAGCUAUCAUCGAUGCAUAUCCAGCAGUCCCAAACUCGGCCAGGGAGGUUUCAGCAGACCGAUCAGUGGAUGACAUAAUCUAUGGAGUUGCAAUCGACGCAAUACCAUCAGACAUCGAUGGAGUGUUCGCAGAUUCAGCUAUCAUUGGCACCAGUCCAGCAGGUUUGCUUACAACCGAUUCAACAUCAGGAUAA